AUGCCGCUCGAAAAGACUGGCUCAGCGAAGACGGUGACCGGAAAUGUCCGAACGGUCAGGCUCAAUACUUACAGAGAGAGAAAAUUUGAAUGCCAAGAAUUGGAAAAAGAAAACAACCAACUCUCAAAUACGAUUGUACAGCUGCAAGACAUUAUUUGCGCGAAAGAUGAGGAGAUGAAGAUCCUGAGAAUGCAGGUUGCGGAUCAAGAAAUCAUAAAGGACAAAUUCGAUCAGUUGAAAGGAGAAGUCGUCAAAGUCGGAUCAAAGCUCGAAACUUCAUUUACCGAGGAAAUCGAACAAUCGGAAACCAUCGAGGUUGUUACAGAAAGAAUAGUGCAAGCUGCGCCAUCUACUCCCCCUCCUCCACCUUCGCCAGAGAUCUUCAUUGAUUAUGAUCCACGACCAGAUGUGGCAUUUGAAGCUGCAAAAAUGGAUCGACUGAAGAAGGAAAACGCCUUAAUCUUCCAGAAUGAAAUGCUUCAGACUUCACUAGAUCAGGAAAUUUUGAAAAACGCGGCGCUUGAAGAACACCUGGUGACGGUGAAGCAACAACUUGCUCACGAGUUGAAGGAGAAAGAGGGAACAGUUCGUGAACUUCGGCAGUUGAAGCACGAAUUAGCAAGUUUGAAUGUUAAGCUUUCUGCGGUCGAGCUGAAAAAUAACGAAGCGAAGAAAGACCUUGACACGCUGAAAAUGGCUUCGCAAGUUGAGAUCGACCAAAUGAAAGCGGAUUUCAACGGAAAAGAAAAAGACUUCAAGGACGCGAUGAAAAAUGCAUUGGAGGAAAACGAUAAGCUAAGAGAGCACAACAAAGAACUUAUGUCAGAUUUGUCUGACGUCCAAGAGCUCAUCUCAAAUAUGUCCGAUCAGAACACAAAUCAGACAUUUUUGCAAGAGCGCAUCCAGUCGUUGGAAAAAGAAAACAAGAUCUGUAAGAUGCUCAUUGAGAAGAAAAACGAGACCAUAGCUAGCUUAGAAAAGCAGAAAAGCGGCGACGGAACCUCUGAUCUUGCAGCAAAGGUUGAUUCUCUUGAUGCAGAGCGAGGCGCAUUCGAAGAGCAAUCGCAAAAAUAUAAAGUCGCAAUAGGAGCGCAAAAACGAUACAUUGAUAGCUUAAAUGAAGCUAUGCGACUUUCUGACGAAACACGACUGAAGCUCAAAGAAGAGAUUACUGCUCUUCAAAACGAAAAAGUAAAGCUGCAUGAUCAAGUGAAAGCAUUUGUGGAGCUCAGAGCAGCGGAGCAGAAUCAGCGAGUCGCCACGGAAAAUUACAAAAAGAUCCUCGAAGCUCGGAAUGAAGAGACUGAUGGUCUGCUUGAGCAGUACAGGAACCAGAUGAAACGUUUAGAUGCCGAACUCGAUAACGUUAAGAAGCAGAACGAGGCUAAAGAUAAACUGAACACAUCUUUCAAACGACAAACAGAAACUAUGAAGCAGUUACUCAAUCAAUACGAAAUAGAUUCCAAGCAAAAGGGCGAAGAAAACAAAGUCCUUUCUGAAAAAUUGAAUCGUCUGAUCAAAAUCAACCAGGAUCUAAUCGAAAACAAGCCAGCCGAGCCAGUAGAAAAAAUUGUAGUCGAGGGAUCGCCAGAAGCUCAAGCUGCUCAGAUGAAAAUGGAGCUCAGAAAUGCAGAACUCGAUCGAGAUCUUGAGAAGGCUCGAUCCUUGAUUAAGAGGCUUACAGAUGAAAAUAGACUUCAACAGAAUCAGAUCGAGAAGUUCCAAGCAAGUUUCCUCAAGAUCGACACAGAAAAAAUGGAACUGGAAGAGACCGUUCGUGGACUGAAAAAGCGAGUCGACAGUUCCACUUCCUCACCAGAUGUUGAGAAAAAGACCGAAGAGAACUCCGCUAUGUCAGCUAAGGUGCACGAAAUGAACCAAAAACUCAUCAAGCAAAUGACACAAAUGAAUGAAGCCCUGAAUUAUUGCCAAAAAGAAAAAGACGAGAUUAUUGAAAAAUCUGAGAAAUUGAUCAAGGUUACUGGGAAUAUGAAGCAGGAGAACGAGCGUCUCCAGAACCUAGUGAUUGAGCUUCAAGAGCAACUUGAAACGAAACUGACGAGCCCCGCUGCCCAAGAAAGCCCCAAAGCGCCAGAAGCUGCCAAAGCCAAGCAAGCUCCCAAAAAGAAGAAAAAUAACAAGAAAUAG